UUUCUCUCACUGGUCUUAGCGAACACUUCAGAUGUCAAUAAGACAAUAAAUUCACCGUCAGUGUAAAUUACUCAUUAACUGAAAUUAACGUACUGAAGCAAGUUAAACGGCUGUUUGCAUCCAUGCUGCUGCUGUCACUCAGCUCCUAGCCUGUUAGCCAGUGGUUAGCGUUUAAAAUGGCGGUUAAUGUCAUUGUCGAUUGCUGUAACUUUUCCUACGAAGCUUUAUUCGCGUCUGUGCUGUUUUUUAAAAGCGCUGUCUACGGACUCUGUGUGAAACCUGCUGACAAGACCCGGUGACUCAGUAACCGCCGCGGCUCCCGUUAAUUAGCCAGUUAGCCGUUAGCAUGUCCGGCUCGGGGAGCAGGGGCGACUUCACACUGCGUCCCAGCCGCGGACACGUCUGUAUCUACCGCCAAGAUGGUUCUGCUUGGCACAGGUUAGCGCGUACAGAUGUCGGAGGACCAGCGGCACCAGCGGGCCGAAGUCACCUCAAGUGGGGAGGGUAGCGUGGAAGCAGCAGAGGGCGACAAUGAGCCCAGCAUGCUGCUGCAGAAGUUGAAGAGCAACAUCUCGAAGGGCGUCCAGUCCAAAGUGGAUCAGAUCCUGCAGGAUGUUCAGCGGUUCUCAUACACCGACAAACUGUACUUGUACCUCCAACUGCCCUCAGGACCCAGCUCUGGAGACAAGAGUGUGGGCGACUCGGGCUCCUUCAACACUGCAGACCAGCUCCACCCCUGUACCUGGAUCCGCUCCCACCUGGAGGAGCACUCAGACACCUGUCUUCCCAAACAGGACGUCUAUGAGACCUACAAGAGAUACUGCGAGAACCUGCAGCACCGGCCUCUGAGUGCAGCCAACUUUGGAAAGAUCAUCAGAGACAUUUUCCCAAACAUCAAGGCCCGGAGACUGGGCGGCAGAGGACAGUCCAAAUACUGCUACAGCGGCAUCAGGAGGAAGACGGUGCUCAACAUGCCGCUGCUGCCCAACCUGGACCUGAAGAACGACCCGGCCGAGCUGACGGAGCUGGUGCAGACCUACAAACAGGAGGUGACGGAGGCCGCCUGCGAGCUCAUCUGUGACUGGGCGCAGAAGAUCCUCAAGCGUUCCUUCGACACCGUGGUAGAGAUCGCUCGCUACCUAAUCCAGGAGCACAUGGUCAACCCUCGCUGCAGCCAAGCUGAGCUGGUGACGUCGGCAGCACUCGCAGGUGGUCCAGCCAAACUUCACAAAGUGAUCAAGAAAGCCCCUGUGGUCUGUAAAGACUCUGACGCAGCCUCGGAUCAGAAGAAGGAACCCGGGGACGUCUUGAGCUCUUCGUCUUCUGUGAAGACCUCGCUGACGGCAGACAAAUCCACAGCAGCUGCCGGCACCAAAUCAUCUUCCCCGGACGCCCCUCCGUCGUCCUCCUCUACCUCCUCCUCCUCUCUGCGCCCUGCGGUGGAGGCCUUCAUGAAGCAGUUACCCAGAAUCCUCCCUCGUAGUUCUAUCCCUGAUAAGACCCAGCUCUCCGUCCCGUCCUCGCCGCCCUCGUUGGCACCUAAAGACUCCUCCAGUGUUGGGGGGGGCUCUGGACCCGGGGGUCCUGCUGCUGCCGCCAGUGGGGGCGGGGUCAAGGUGAUUGCCAUGGCGACGCUGCCUCAGCAGCAGGGCGGUCCGGUACCAGUGAUGAUCCUGCCGCAGGGCUGCCUUUCCUACGACAGGGACGCGGUGGCUCCGCCCCCUCCAUCGAUGCCUCCGCCUGCACAGCAGCACAGCUCAGCUGCUCCGACCUCAGUGGUCCAGAGGGCACGGGGCAGUGCCAGCAAGCGCCCCCCAGAGGUGGUGUCUUUGGGUGGCGCUACGGCGAGUGCAUCGGGAUUGUCUGCAGUCAACACUCCGCCGGUGAAACGAAAACGCGGUCGUCCAAGAAAACAUCGCCCAGAAGACCCCCCACCCGCUCCUCCUGCUGCUGCUCUUUCUCCUCAAGCUCCACCCCCUGCCCCUCCCACUCACUUUCCGAUCAUCACGUCUGUGAGCAGCAGCGGCGUCAUCCAGAAAGCCUCGUCGUCAUCCUCGCAGCCCGUCCUGGAGCUGCAUGUAAUCCAAGACCAUUCGGGUCUCGUUCUGAACCGCCAGAGUCAGCCUCGGCUGGUUCUGUCUCCGACUCCUCUGCCCGCUGUGUCGGAGCACCGCGGUGUGGUCGUCCAGUGUCAGCCGAGCGCCGAUGCCUCAGCGGAGCCCGCGCGUCAGGGUCGUCAACCGCUGCUGCUGCUGCAAACUCCAGGAAACCCCAGCUGGAAGCUGGCGGCCUCACGGCGCAGCGGCAUGGUGGAGGUCAUCCAGAAAGUCCCUCGGCCCAGCAACAACAGCAACAACAACACCCCCGCCACCGCGGCGGCCGGCACCGCCCCCCACCCCCCCCCCCGCCCUCCGUCUCCUCCUGCCGCUCCUCUUCCUCUGCCCACGCUCCACGAGGAGCCGGCAGAGGUAGAAGUCACACUGUCGCCCGCUGAGGCGCAGGUCAGCCCCACGCCGUCACCCACUUGUAGCUCGACCCCUGCGGCCACAUCCGAAAUGAGCGAAGAGGAGAAGGAGGAGGUGGAGCCAAAGAGAGAGGAGCCGUAGCCCCACCCACCUCAAAUGCUUCAGCAACAAAGGCGGAAAUCCAAGAUGGAGGACGGUCGAGCUUCUGUCGAGGAUGGAUGAAGCCAGAACCUUGCUGUAUGCACGUGUGUGUGUGUGUGUGUAUGACCUCCGACCUCCGACCUCCGACCUCCGACCUCCUCUGCCAAAUGUUUCACAGUUACUAUCUCCUUUCAAGCCUUUCCUUCCUGUUCUCCUUGGUCUCUGAACCUCCUGUUGUCUUCCAGAGGGUGAAAAACAAAGAAGGAGGUUUGAAAAGGAGGAGUAGGGACUAAACGGUGAUUCAGUUCAUCUUCAUGUCGAGUCUGGCAAAAAAAAAAAAAAAAA